UUUCACAUUUCCCAGUUUUCCUUACAAUGAAAGUUAAAAAGAAAACACGAUUAUAAACAGUUAAACCGUUUAUUAAUUGUACGGCUUUUCAUUUUGUAUUAAAACACAAUAUUGUCAACACACUAGUAACUUAUAAUUAGAAAAACCCUUCAAAUAAACUUUAAUAUUGCAUUUCGUAUCCGCAACCCAUUGUGGUAGGUCCCCGAGGUUAUCAAAAGCCAAAAAGGGCGCCGAGUCAAACGGAUUCUAUCUAACUUAGCACACGCAUAGCCAAGGUAGGAAAUAAUUAAUGAUGAUUGGCCUCAAAUUACCCCCUAUACCCAUCUCUUUCGCACACCGAUCCCGUUUUUUCACAAACCUGGAAGCUAUAUAAGGGGAACAGGUAGGCCGAGCCGACAGAAGCCCGCGGGACGCUUGACUGCUCGCACGAUAACUCGCGAUCGCGAUGGCUGCCGAAACGUACGGACACCGUUUGAUUUACGAGAAGGACAUCUUCACGAACGACGUCAUGCUGGAGUACAGCACCGAGGAGUGCUACAUGGCGUGGCCCAGGUCUCCGGACUCUGGCCGGUCGAGCCUGGAGCCGACACCGUCCAUGGACGGCAGUAUCCAGGAAUCGACACACAUUGCGUAUAGAGGCCUUUCCCGAGACAUGGUUCUGGAAGACAGUGCUGAGGAUAACGAGAUCUUGGAUGGUGGUGGGAAGAGAAGGGGGCGCGCGACCAGUGCCGCUGUUCUGAGGAGGAGGCGACUAGCUGCCAAUGCCAGGGAGAGAAGAAGGAUGCAAAAUCUGAACAAGGCGUUCGACAGGCUUCGUGGUCACCUUCCGUCUCUUGGAGCUGAUCGCCAGCUGUCUAAAUAUGAAACUCUGCAGAUGGCCCAGACGUACAUAGCAGCCCUUUACGAACUCCUGCAAUAGUUCUACAUCAUUGUGUUUUGCCAAAUUGUGUCUACAGGGAUAUUUAUUAUAAAUUUAAUACUCAUCGGGUUACCACGUAGCGUUUAAAAUUGUGCUUAAUUUUAGUUUUUUUUAAGUAACACCCGCGGUUUUGAGUUACUGGUAUCGUGUUGCAGAUUUACGCUUAUUUUUUUUUUUAGUGCAGUGACAAUUUUUAUAGUCGAUUUAAUUUUAACUGUCAAUAGUGUUGUAACUUCAUCGAAAGAUUUUGUAAAAGUAAUGGGAUUUUAAUAUUUUAAAGUCUAGUUUCAAACUGUUACCACCGAACUAGUGUUACACUAUUAGUUUAGCUUUUGAAAUGUUUUUAUUUGUAUAUUUUAGUACUCAGUGUAAUCCGUCCUGCCGAUAGUUAGUUUUAAGUUGAAAUCAUCUUGCCAACGAAAGUAUUAUGCUCCAAACAUUCCUUAGAAUAGAAUAUUUUGUAUAUAUGUAUUGUGUAGUUCUCUACCUACCCCACUAGGGUGAAUGCUUGAAAAGUUGUUAAACCACUAGUUAAGUAGACGUAAGUGUAAAAUUUAGUAUACAAAUGUUUUCUUUUUGUAAAUAUAUGAUGUUUGAAAAAUUAUUUGUUGUUUCGCUUUCCUAACUUAUUUCUAAAUUUGUCUUUCCUCAA